AAACACUUUCAUUAGGUACCAUUACAUAUUUUAGUGAAAUAAUAUAUAAGCUGCAAAGUGAAAUAAUCAAACCAUUGAAAUCAAGACAGUAAAAUAACAAACAACAUGAUUUUAAAAUUUUUGAUUUUAGCAGCUAUUUUGGCAUAUGCCGCUGCUGGCUUAAGUCACAGCUCCUCAAGUUUGGGAGGUGGUGGGGGGCAUGGACAUCAAAUUAUUGAAUUAUAUACUAAACCACACUAUGAAUACAAAUAUGCUGUACACGAUUCGAAGCACCAUGACAUCCACGAGCAUAAGGAGGAACGGUAUGGAGAUAAAGUAAAAGGAGAAUAUUCGCUACAUGAACCUGACGGUACCAUCCGUAUUGUCAAAUACGAGGCUGAUCAUAAAAAUGGCUUUAACGCACACGUUGAAAGGAAAGGACACGCUGAACAUCCACAUAUAGAGCACCAUGUUCACUACCAUGAUGAUAACUAGAAAUGCGAGAUUUAUAGUAAUGUAAUUUAACAUUAUUUUCAAAUUAUUAUGGAAUUUAAAUUUCAAGGAAUACUUAUUAGUAUAAAAUUUGUGAAUUUGCUUGAAUGUUGAGUUUAAAUAUAUUUAUUUUUUAAUAUAUAUA